AUGGCAAGCCCUACUUCCAGCACCUCGAGCCCUUGGCCCUCUCUGCCUGGCUCGCCUACUCUACUGGGCUCGCCUUCUCCGCCCGGCUCGCCUGAUCUACUUGACUUGCCCCCUCUGCCUAGCUCGCCUAUUUCGCCUGCUGGUGCUAGCUCGCCCUCUCCCCCUGGCUCGCCUGCUCUGCAGGGCUCGCCCACCAUGCCCACCACGCCUCCGUUCAACGAGAUGACGCUCCCUUACCGUCCGGGCGUAAAAAGCGCCCCACCGGCCCCUGCUGCUAACAGUGACGAUGAUUCUGCUACGAGCGACUCCGAGGACGACAGCAUUGCUGACCCCGUAAACGUUACAGGUUCCACACGCACGCGCUGGGCUCCCAGCUUCACGGUUAUUACGAGCGACCGCACCACGAUCACCUUAACGCACUUUGGCAACGAGUCCAACGCGGACGGCACUACCAACAUGGGCACCACGACCCCAGCUCCAACUGCCAACCCCGCCACGAGUGCUUCCGACCCCCACCCCCGCGCCCGCCGCACCUUCGACAACUGGUUCGACAACCUGCCCUACCCGAAGAGCCCUCCCCGCGGACGCCUUCCCGGCCCUUCUGUUAGCCCAUUCGCGAAGACGCCGGAUCUUUCGCUGCCGUUUAUGCCGCGGAAGCGCCCGCACGAAGUAAAGAUCAAGCAAGAGCCCGACCUUGACGUGGAGGUCAAGAAAGAGCCCGAUCUCGAUGUCAAGGUCAAGCGAGAACCAACUGGCUCCGAUGGCGAGAUCAAGAACGGCACUAACACGGCCGAGCAGAAGAAGCAGCAGAAGCCCAAGACCGUGGAGGCGCUUCUCGAGAUGUUUGCCAACGAAGCCGAAAACGACUCGACCACCGACUCGGGCUUGCGCGACAAGAGACCUGGCGACGACGUGCCGCUCUACCCCAUCCUGGCCGAGAAAGACAGCGACAAGAGCGCCGCCACGAAGCCCCCUACGCUCUCCCACUUCGGCACAGACAAUCCGGCCUUCACCAUCACUGCCUCGAACAGGAAGGGCAAGGGCACUGCGCAUGCGCCCUGGCUUGCCGGGCUGGGAGAGGCGUACCGCCAGCGUCACAUGCUCGUUAUGCGCCACAGUGCUGCUGGCAAGGACUUGGGCAAGGUUGUUACUGCUGGCGUUGCUGGCACCCGCACUGCUGGUGGGAAGAUGAAGAAGGGCUUGCCUAGUGGUGAUGGUGGUCGCGGUGCUGGUUGCAGUGCUGGUCGCGAUGUUGCUCGCCGCCUUGGAAGUCUGCGCGGUUCGACUUGGAGGGUUGAGAAGGCGAGCAAGAAGAUUAAGGUCUUCCGUGAUGGCAAUGCUGGUGGUAGUGGUUCUGGAUGCGGUGGCGGUGGCAGCGGUGGUCGUGGUGUCUGA